AAACCUCAAGUCUUCCUCCUCUUCCUCCUCCCAUUUUUCCUCAUCUGCACACUACAAAAAUUCCCAAAGACCAAAACCUUCAUUCACCAGAACCACUCCAAACAUGAACAAUUCAAUCUCUCCAAAACACAACUCAGAAGCAGAAGAUGAAGAAGAAUCAUCAUCCUGGUCGGAGAUCACCGCUUCAUCUCCACCGUUCUCCGACACCGACGACACCUGGAUUCUCAUCCCCAAUAUACAACUAGAAGUGAAUGAUGAUAACAAUGAAGUAGAAGAAGAAGAAGAAGAUACAGAAAGUUACUACUCUCAAAAUCUUGAAGAAGAAGAAGAAGAAGAAGAAGAAGAAGAAGAAGUAGAAGAAGAAUCAUCCUCAUCAAAAAAACUAGAAACAAUGGAUCAAAAGAUGUCAAGUUCAUCAUCACGACCAUCGUCGGAGACCUUCAUCUCAGUCCUUAUCCGUGAACGAGUUCUCCACCGUCUUCCGGCCAAACAACUCCUCAAACUCCGCACAGUCUCCCGUCAAUGGAACGAUUUCAUCACCAGUCCUUUCUUCAUUCACUCUCAUUCCCAAUCAUCAACAUCCAUCUCCGGCGUCUUCUACCUCCGUCCUUCCGAUCCGAUCAAAAACCCAUCAUUCAAUCCCUUCAACAAAUAUCUCCACGGUCUUCAAAGCCCGGAGUUAAAGUUCCUCCCGGAACCAGUCGCCGUUCUCUCCUCAUCCCAUGGUCUUCUCUGUUGCCGAGCUUUCUCCGGUGAAACCACAAAGUACUUCAUCGUCAACCCUGUAACUGGAUCAUGGGUGCUGUUACCGCCGCCGGCCAACGACCACGGCAUCAAACCGGCGGCGGUGAUCGUUUUUGAAGAGCCGUUCAUGUUCAACUUCACUUUGGAUUACAAAUUAGUAGUCGCUUAUGAUCUUGGUGGGUGUUAUGGGUUUGAGAUAUUUAGAUCUAGAGAGUGGGAAUGGAGUGUGUCUGCGGAGAUAUGUGUGACGGAACAGAUUGUGCCGGAGUCCGGCGUGGCCGCCGGCGGGUGCGCGCAUUGGAGGACUUCGAUGCAGACCGUAGUGAGUUACAAUCCGGAAACGGAUGAGAACUGGGAUGUGGUUUGGCCAGAGAGUUAUAGAGAGGAUGUGAGUUGGGAACUCAUGGAAAUUAAUAGAAAACUGAUUUGUGUUUGUGUGAAAGGAGAUGAGAUUUGUGUUUAUGGAAGUGAGGGAAGUGGGUGGAAGGAAAUGAGGAAGGUGAGGAGGAUGAUGGGGAAGUGGGGAAGUGGGGAAGUGAAGGUGGUGAGAGUUCAGGAAGUUAAGGAAGUGGUUUUGGUGGAGAAUGGGAGGGUUUGGGGAUGGAGUUUGGAAGAUGGGAAGUGGAGAGAAGGAGAUUUGUUUGUUGGUGAAGGGUGUGAGAACUUUGUUUCAUUUGUUGGGAGUUUGCUUCAUGCUUAUGGAUCUUGGGGUUGAUGAUCUCUUCUUCUUCUUCUUUUAUUUAGAUGAUGAUGAUGAUGUUGAUGAAGAAUGAUGAGGUUUAAGUCUUUUGGAGUAAUAUGUUCAGUUUCUUUCUUUCUUAUUGAUUUUGUCAUCAGUGUAUGGGACAUGUUGGUUUUGGGUUUUAUGUAUUUUUAAUGUUUGGGAUGAUGAUAAAAACUAAAUAGAAGGAUGUGUUUAGAACUUUUUGAUUA